CUCAAGUACCAUUACUGUCACCAAUGCCACCAUUACUGCCCUCUCCGGUCACGGCACUGUCGGGUCAGCAAGCAGUGCGUCCUGACCUUCGAUCACCACUGUUUUUGGAUCGGCGGCGUUGUAUCCAAUGCAAAUACGUCUGGGUCUGGAAGAUUGCCAGGUUUGUCAUGCAUAAACUUGCGUGACCCAUGACGCCUGUAAUGCAUGACCUAGCAUCACAGAUUUUUAGAUGGCUUCCUGAUGCCUCUUCCGCAUGAGAAAUGCCCUCGUGGUCUCCGCGUAGAGCAAACUGGACUCCUCUUGCUGGUCAUGCAACACAAACUUCUUUUAGAAUCCAAAGACAGCAUGACAAGUUACAACCUUCCAGACCCAGACUACAUAUUUGCAAUGCAUACGGUGUCGGCGAAAAGAACCAUGGGAGGUUCGUGUUGCUACUGUUCCUGGCGGUUGUGUUGUGCUUUCUGCACUGGAAAAACCUGGUUUUCAACCCGGAAAUGCCGAGCAUGAUAUCUUCGAAGACGAAGAUAUUCCUGGUGCUGCUUGCGCUCUUACCCUUCACGGCCUUCACGUGUGGACUAUUGCUGUAUCACUGCUAC